AUGGACAUGGUUGCAAUAGGACAACAACGAAUGCUUCAAUUGCAUGAGCUAGAAGAAAUACGCAAUGAAGCAUAUGAGAGCUCGAGAAUCUAUAAGGAGAAAACCAAAGCUUUUCAUGACAAACAUAUUCUUCGAAAGAGUUUUGUGGAAGGUCCGUUUACUGUCACCAAGGUUUUUCCUCAUGGAGUGGUCGAAGUUGUAAGUCCAAGUACAGAAAAGUCAUUCAAGGUGAAUGGUCAGAGAUUAAAACCAUAUUACGAAUCAAUGGAGAAAGAACAAGCUGCUGUGAUUCACCUCAUUGACCUGGUAAAUGUUGAUGAAUGA